AUGGCUCUUGUUGUGGCAUUGCUGUGUUUGUUUACAGGAUCAACUGUCUCGGCUUUUGCUUUGCCGAGAAUUUAUAAUCCUGGUCCGAUCAGGACCUGCUCACCGUGCCAGGUUCAACCCAAUGUCAACAUAUUCCUGAAGUAUGAGGACAUACAUCGACCCCAGCCCUAUCCCCUUUACAGACUGCUGGGGAAACAAUUCUUUGAUUUCCGAAGGAGCCCUAUCCCGCUCAUAAAUGACUUAAACCGUCCGAUUGGAAACAGCUUUGCCUAUGGAAACUCUAACGCCUUUAACAAUGGUGGUACAACUACAAGCAGUAGUACUAGCGGAUCGGGCAGCAAUGCUUACGCAAAUAACGGAAGAUCAUCUGCUGGAAGCUAUGGCCAUAGCAACUCAUAUGGCUAUGCUUCAAGCAACAAUGGUGGAUCAAAUGUUAGCAGCGGCAGCAACAGUGCAACGGGCAGCAAUGCUUAUGUAAAUAACGGAAGAUCAUCUGCUGGAAGCUAUGGCUAUGGCAACUCAUAUGGCUAUGCUUCAAGCAACAAUGGUGGAUCAAAUGUUAGCAGCGGCAGCAACAGUGCAACGGGCAGCAAUGCUUAUGUAAAUAACGGAAGAUCAUCUGCUGGAAGCUAUGGCUAUGGCAACUCAUAUGGCUAUGCUUCAAGCAACAAUGGUGGAUCAAAUCAACAAUGGUGGAUCAAUGUUAGCAGCCACAACAGUGCAACGGGCAGCAAUGCUUAUGUAAAUAACGGAAGAUCACCUGCUGGAAGCUAUGGCUAUGGCAACUCAUAUGGCUAUGCUUCAAGCAACAAUGGUGGAUCAAAUGUUAGCAGCGGCAGCAACAGUGCAACGGGCAGCAAUGCUUAUGUAAAUAACGGAAGAUCACCUGCUGGAAGCUAUGGCUAUGGCAACUCAUAUGGCUAUGCUUCAAGCAACAAUGGUGGAUCAAAUGUUAGCAGCGGCAGCAACAGUGCAACGGGCAGCAAUGCUUAUGUAAAUAACGGAAGAUCAUCUGCUGGAAGCUAUGGCUAUGGCAACUCAUAUGGCUAUGCUUCAAGCAACAAUGUUACGGCUAUGCCAACUCUAACGGAAGUGCAACAAGCAACAACGGCGGCACUACUACAACUUCUGGAACUAGCAGUGGAACUGGAAGCAAUUCAAAUUCUGGAAACGGAGGCUCAUCUUCCGGCAGCUACGGCUAUGCCAACUCUAACGGAAGUGCAACAAGCAACAACGGAGGUACUACGUCAACCACUGGAACCAGCAGUGGAACUGGAAGCAAUUCAAAUUCUGGAAACGGAGGCUCAUCUUCCGGCAGCUACGGCUAUGCCAACUCUAACGGAAGCGCCACAAGCAACAACGGAAGUACUACUACAACCACUGGAACCAGCAGUGGAACUGGCAGCAAUUCAAAUUCUGGAAACGGAGGCUCAUCUUCCGGCAGCUACGGCUAUGCCAACUCUAACGGAAGUGCCACAAGCAACAACGGAGGUACUACGUCAACCACUGGAACCAGCAGUGGAACUGGCAGCAAUACAAAUUCUGGAAACGGAGGCUCAUCUUCCGGCAGUUACGGCUAUGCCAACUCUAACGGAAGUGCCACAAGCAACAACGGAGGUACUACGUCAACCACUGGAACCAGCAGUGGAACUGGCAGCAAUUCAAAUUCUGGAAACGGAGGCUCAUCUUCCGGCAGCUACGGCAAUGCCAACUCUAACGGAAGUACCACAAGCAAUAACGGAGGUACUACGUCAACCACUGGAACCAGCAGUGGAACUGGCAGUAAUUCAAAUUCUGGAAACGGAGGCUCAUCUUCCGGCAGUUACGGCUAUGCCAACUCUAACGGAAGUGCCACAAGCAACAACGGAAGUACUACGUCAACCACUGGAACCAGCAGUGGAACUGGCAGCAAUUCAAAUUCUGGAAACGGAGGCUCAUCUUCCGGCAGCUACGGCUAUGCCAACUCUAACGGAAGUGCAACAAGCAACAACGGCGGCACUACUACAACUUCUGGAACUAGCAGUGGAACUGGAAGCAAUUCAAAUUCUGGAAACGGAGGCUCAUCUUCCGGCAGCUACGGCUAUGCCAACUCUAACGGAAGUGCCACAAGCAACAACGGAGGUACUACGUCAACCACUGGAACCAGCAGUGGAACUGGCAGCAAUACUAGUACUGGAAACGGAGGCUCAUCUUCCGGCAGUUACGGCUAUGCCAACUCUAACGGAAGUGCCACAAGCAACAACGGAGGCACUACGUACAACCACUGGAACCAGCAGUGGAACUGGCAGCAAUUCAAAUUCUGGAAACGGAGGCUCAUCUUCCGGCAGCUACGGCUAUGCCAACUCUAACGGAAGUGCCACAAGCAAUAACGGAGUUACGGCUAUGCCAACUCUAACGGAAGUGCCACAAGCAACAACGGAAGUACUACGUCAACCACUGGAACCAGCAGUGGAACUGGCAGCAAUACUAGUACUGGAAACGGAGGCUCAUCUUCCGGCAGCUACGGCUAUGCCAACUCUAACGGAAGUGCCACAAGCAACAACGGAGGUACUACGUCAACCACUGGAACCAGCAGUGGAACUGGCAGCAAUUCAAAUUCUGGAAACGGAGGCUCAUCUUCCGGCAGCUACGGCUAUGCCAACUCUAACGGAAGUGCAACAAGCAACAACGGAGGUACUACGUCAACCACUGGAACCAGCAGUGGAACUGGCAGCAAUUCAAAUUCUGGAAACGGAGGCUCAUCUUCCGGCAGCUACGGCUAUGCCAACUCUAACGGAAGUGCCACAAGCAACAACGGCGGCACUACUACAACCUUCUGGAACUAGCACAGUGGAACUGGCAGCAAUUCAAAUAUGUCUGGAAACGGAGGCUCAUCUUCCGGAAGUUACGGCUAUGCCAACUCUAACGGAAGUGCAACGAGCAACAACGGAGGUACUACGUCAACCACUGGAACCAGCAGUGGAACUGGCAGCAAUUCAAAUUCUGGAAACGGAGGCUCAUCUUCCGGCAGCUACGGCUAUGCCAACUCUAACGGAAGUGCCACAAGCAACAACGGAGGCACUACUACAACUACUGGAACUAGCAGUGGAACUGGCAGCAAUUCAAAUUCUGGAAACGGAGGCUCAUCUUCCGGCAGCUACGGCUAUGCCAACUCUAACGGAAGUGCCACAAGCAACAACGGAAGUACUACGUCAACCACUGGAACCAGCAGUGGAACUGGCAGCAAUACAAGUACUGGAAACGGAGGCUCAUCUUCCGGCAGCUACGGCUAUGCCAACUCUAACGGAAGUGCCACAAGCAACAACGGAGGUACUACGUCAACCACUGGAACCAGCAGUGGAACUGGCAGCAAUACUAGUACUGGAAACGGAGGCUCAUCUUCCGGCAGCUACGGCUAUGCCAACUCUAACGGAAGUGCCACAAGCAACAACGGAAGUACUACGUCAACCACUGGAACCAGCAGUGGAACUGGCAGCAAUACAAAUACUGGAAACGGAGGCUCAUCUUCCGGCAGCUACGGCUAUGCCAACUCUAACGGAAGUGCCACAAGCAACAACGGAGGUACUACGUCAACCACUGGAACCAACAGUGGAACUGGCAGCAAUACUAGUACUGGAAACGGAGGCUCAUCUUCCGGCAGCUACGGCUAUGCCAACUCUAACGGAAGUGCCACAAGCAACAACGGAGGUACUACGUCAACCACUGGAACCAGCAGUGGAACUGGCAGCAAUUCAAAUUCUGGAAACGGAGGCUCAUCUUCCGGCAGCUACGGCUAUGCCAACUCUAACGGAAGUGCCACAAGCAAUAACGGAGGUACUACGUCAACCACUGGAACCAGCAGUGGAACUGGCAGCAAUUCAAAUUCUGGAAACGGAGGCUCAUCUUCCGGCAGUUACGGCUAUGCCAACUCUAACGGAAGUGCAACAAGCAACAACGGCGGCACUACUACAACUUCUGGAACUAGCAGUGGAACUGGAAGCAAUUCAAAUUCUGGAAACGGAGGCUCAUCUUCCGGCAGCUACGGCUAUGCCAACUCUAACGGAAGUGCCACAAGCAACAACGGAAGUACUACGUCAACCACUGGAACCAGCAGUGGAACUGGCAGCAAUACUAGUACUGGAAACGGAGGCUCAUCUUCCGGCAGCUACGGCUAUGCCAACUCUAACGGAAGCGCCACAAGCAACAACGGAGGUACUACGUCAACCACUGGAACCAGCAGUGGAACUGGCAGCAAUUCAAAUUCUGGAAACGGAGGCUCAUCUUCCGGCAGCUACGGCUAUGCCAACUCUAACGGAAGUGCCACAAGCAAUAACGGAGGUACUACGUCAACCACUGGAACCAGCAGUGGAACUGGCAGCAAUUCAAAUUCUGGAAACGGAGGCUCAUCUUCCGGCAGCUACGGCUAUGCCAACUCUAACGGAAGUGCCACAAGCAAUAACGGAGGUACUACGUCAACCACUGGAACCAACAGUGGAACUGGCAGCAAUACUAGUACUGGAAACGGAGGCUCAUCUUCCGGCAGCUACGGCUAUGCCAACUCUAACGGAAGUGCAACAAGCAACAACGGAGGUACUACGUCAACCACUGGAACCAGCAGUGGAACUGGCAGCAAUACAAAUACUGGAAACGGAGGCUCAUCUUCCGGCAGCUACGGCUAUGCCAACUCUAACGGAAGUGCCACAAGCAACAACGGAAGUACUACGUCAACCACUGGAACCAUCAGUAGAACUGGCAGCAAUACUAGUACUGGAAACGGAGGCUCAUCUUCCGGCAGCUACGGCUAUGCCAACUCUAACGGAAGUGCCACAAGCAACAACGGAGGUACUACGUCAACCACUGGAACCAACAGUGGAACUGGCAGCAAUACUAGUACUGGAAACGGAGGCUCAUCUUCCGGCAGCUACGGCUAUGCCAACUCUAACGGAAGCGCCACAAGCAACAACGGAGGUACUACGUCAACCACUGGAACCAGCAGUGGAACUGGCAGCAAUUCAAAUUCUGGAAACGGAGGCUCAUCUUCCGGCAGCUACGGCUAUGCCAACUCUAACGGAAGUGCCACAAGCAAUAACGGAGGUACUACGUCAACCACUGGAACCAGCAGUGGAACUGGCAGCAAUUCAAAUUCUGGAAACGGAGGCUCAUCUUCCGGCAGCUACGGCUAUGCCAACUCUAACGGAAGUGCCACAAGCAACAACGGAGGCACUACUACAACUACUGGAACUAGCAGUGGAACUGGCAGCAAUACAAAUUGUGGAAACGGAGGCUCAUCUUCCGGCAGCUACGGCUAUGCCAACUCUAACGGAAGUGCCACAAGCAACAACGGAGGUACUACGUCAACCACUGGAACCAGCAGUGGAACUGGCAGCAAUUCAAAUUCUGGAAACGGAGGCUCAUCUUCCGGCAGUUACGGCUAUGCCAACUCUAACGGGAAUGCUUAUAAGGGCGUCGUAUUACCACCAAAUUAUAAAGUUCCAGCAAAUUCACCAAACUACUACUAUCAAUCUUCAAAUUCACAAUCGGGCUCUACUAGCAAUUCUAACGCCUCUCAAGAAAACUAUUACUUUAAUAAUAACAAAGGCUUCACACAAUAUAACUCUCAAUCAGCAAAUAGCAACAAUUCCAAUCAAGCUUCUGCAACUAAUUAUCAAGCUAUACAAAACAAAGAUGGAAGCGCGUAUUAUUACAACAGUAACGAUGCUAAUAGCAAUAGCUCAAAUCAAGCUACUUCUACCAACUAUCAAACUGUCAAUAGCGAUGGAAGCUCAUAUUAUUACAAUAACCAAAAUUCUAACAGCAACAAUUCAAAUGAAGCUCAUUCUAGCAAUUAUCAAGCUAUUCAAAACGGCGAUGGCAGCUCGUAUUACAUUUCGAAUAACAGCAACUCAAAUAGUAACACCUCAAAUGAAUCUUCUUCCACAAACUAUCAAGCUGUACAAAACAAUGGUGGAGGCAAUUUUUAUUCUUACAGCAACAAUAACAGCAAUAGCAAUUCCAACAGCAAUGCUAACAACUACAACUAUACCUAUCAAAAAGCUUACUAGACAUCAUACUGACAGUUGCAGUAACGUCAAAGUGACAGCUGACAGCAAUGAGACGCCAAGGUGUUUUAGUUUUAAGCCUUCAAUAAUUCGAAACGUUUUGCUUUUAUAA